GUGGUUGGGUGCCGUUGGGACCAAGAGCCCCCCCCAAGCACACCCACCCGUUGCCUAUUUGACCAUGGCUACUGCUGGGGCGUCGGCAGAUCAGCAGGCGAAGGUGCUUUCCCUGGCGAAGGUGGUUGCGGACGCCCAAGAGAAGACCAAGGAGUACCUGGGCAGGAUCGAGGCCGCGGUGGAUGACGCGGCUCGCCAGUGCAUCGCGGAGUCUCGGCUGGACCAGCAGCUUGUCGGGCACAGCAAGAGGAUCGUGGGAAAGGUGAGGGACACCUACAUCUGCGACGACGCCAUCGUCCUCGUGACGACAGACCGGCAGAGCGCGUUCGACAGGCAGCUGGCUAGGGUGCCCUUCAAGGGGGCGGUCCUCAACCAGACGAGCGCAUGGUGGUUCGAGAAGACUCGACAUAUUGCUCCAAACCACCUGCUUGGAUCGCCGCACCCCAAUGUCUGCGUCGGAAAGAAGUGCAAGGUUUUCCCGAUCGAGUUCGUGAUGCGCGGCUACCUCACGGGGUCCACGUCUACCUCCAUAUGGAAGAACUACGAAAAGGGCACCAGGGCGUACUGCGGACACACCCUCCCAGAGGGGAUGUCCAAGAACCAGGCGCUACCCAUGGGGAACAUCCUGACGCCGACGACCAAGGACGACUUGCACGACGAGCUGAUUAGCGCGGAGGAAAUUGUUUCCUCAAGCCGGAUGUCGCAGCAAGACUGGGAUGAGUGCAGCCGGCUGGCCCACGCCCUGUUUCGGUUCGGGCAAGAGGCGGCAGCAGAACGCGGCUUGAUUCUCGUGGACACCAAGUACGAGCUGGGCAAGGAUGCUGACGGGAACAUAAUUCUGGUUGAUGAGAUACACACCCCGGACUCCAGCCGGUACUGGGUGAAGGAGACGUACGAGGGGAACAUCUCGCAGGGCAGAGAACCGGAGAACAUCGACAAGGAGUUUCUCCGACGUUGGUACACGCAGCACUGCGACCCUUACAAGGACGAGACUGUUCCUGAUGCUCCCAGGGAGUUGGUGGCAGAGCUGUCGCGGCGAUACGUUAUGCUCUACGAGAUAAUCACGGGGCAGGAUUUCGUGUUCCCGAGCGAGGACGGGCCUCCCGUGGACGAGCGAAUGUCUUCGGCCGUGUCGAACUUUUUGAAGUCCCACCGGGAGGCGUGACAAGGACUUCCAGCGCCUUUUCGUCCAUGUGUCCGUGUUUUGAAUUCACGUGUCGUGUGCGCGAGGCAUGCAAUGGUCCGGAUUUUGUCGGUUUCGAUACGCUUGCUAAGGCAUCGAACGAUGCUGUGUCUUUGCUAAGGCUUGUCCGAGGUCGGCGCCCGCUGGUGCUUGCGAUGUAAAUAUAGAAGAUCGAGCGAAGCACGUAUGUCGUUGAGGUGUUGGGCUGUCUCAUCCUUCUGAUUUUCUUGUUUUUGGCAAGAAUUGAACACACCACGCUUCGCUGCGGUUUCAACCCCCCAAGCCGAAAGCUUGGUGCGGCGAACGUUGAUCGAGAGUUGUCGCCAGUAUCCUUCGCGAGCAUUCAUAUAUGAAGCUUGGUUUUAGUAGGGGGUACGGGGUGGCGUUGGGGGUUAGGGUUAGGGAUACGGGUACGUUCCCCUUUCUCUUUCACACAUAAAACGAGUCCUCGCGAACGUGAUCUGUUGUCAACCUGAUGAAUUCUGUACUCCUUCCUCCUCUCGCAGCAGCACCCUCGCCCCGACGGCCCUGGGUUUACCCGAGCCAUACGACUCCAACGGCGGGCGAUUUAGCUAGGGGGUGGGUAGCGCAGCACGGGCGGAGGAUUCCCUCCUUUUCUUACUGAAAAACGUUGCAUGUGUUGUCGCCAAGAUUGAACUCUGGUUCUUUGCCCUGGACCAUGUGUUGUUUUUUUGGUGAAAGCUUUAGCCUAGUUUUCUUAGUUUGACUGCGGGCCCGUUCUGUAUCGGCUCAACAUCCAAUCCCAAAUUGGAGCGUGAAAGUGGUCUCGGGAGAGCUGCAAAAGCCGCUUGAAAGGAGGGGGAGGAGGAGGAAAAUGACUCCCAAUAUAUGGCGUGUGCUGCCGCACUUACGCCGU